AUGGAGGAUGGUACAAUUGAAAUACGGCACACAACAACUUGGACUCUGAUACAGAUCUUCAAAUGCUCUGAUAGCGUGCGAGAUCUGAUGUUUUUGCCAGAUGGCCAAGUUUUGAUUUCGGCUGCACAAAUGGGAGACGUCAGUCUCUGGGAUAUCACGCCGGGCAUGCAGCAACAUGCGCAGGAACACAUCUCACGGCCUCAUUCAGACAUUGUAAAUUACGUGGCAUUUUCACCCACUGGCCAGCACGCGGCAUCCUGUGCGAAUGACGGAACAAUGGUCCUAUGGUAUUCCAAAACAAGGAGCAUAUUACAUACUCGCAAAGACGGUAGUUAUUAUACCUCUGUGAUAUUUUCUCCCGACGGUAAACCGCUGGCAACACACUCCGGUGGCUUCAACAGGAUCUGGAACUUGGAUAUGGAACAAGUAGCAAAAGUGCCUACUCAAUCAACCUAUAGCGUAUUUGAGGGUACGUCUUGGAAAGAUGGCUUGGCGGUCAUCAAUCAUCGCGUCAGACCUCGCAUGCCAGCCCCGCCGCAGCCUAAAGCCGUCGAAUACAAUUGGGAGGAUAAUGGCUGGAUAGUGAGAGCAUACGGCUCAGAAAGACUCGUGUGGCGCCCUCCUGAAUGCCGACCUCACGGCGGGUCGUCCUAUGCUGUCAAUGAUCAGACACUUGUGUCUGGGACUGAUUCUGGUCAGGUCUUUUGGAUAUCAUUUCAGUUGGGGGAUGUUUCACCUAGCUAG